AUGGCUACAGUAGAGAAGCCGGGUCCUUCAUCAUCGAAACCUUCGAUAGAUUUUAACGAGCGCUUCAGGAAACUUCAUCAGCUUAGACAACAAUCGCGGAAAGCGAAUCAUGAACAAGUGGUAGAGGAAGACAGAAAGAAGAAGCUCCCAGCCAAUUUUGAGGCGAAGAAGGCUCGUGAAGAAUGGGAGCUACAAGAAAUGGAGGAGCGAAAGAAAGCCGAGGAAGACAACUUGGACUAUGAGCGUUUAAAAGCACUGAAUACCCCUGCCGACGUUGCAGCAAGAAUCGAAAUGAAACGGAAGCGGAAGAAGAAUCCUGACCAAGGAUUUUCCAGU